AAUCAGUUCCUCAUAUUCUAGUGCAGAAGCAGGUGCAUGUCUCUCCAAAAAUUUAAUUUUUCCCACCACAAAAUAAUGAUGAAAACAUAACUCUGAAAAUGAAGAAAUAUCGAAAUAUCAUUCGUAACCGCGAAGGAAAAAUGCUUGCCUUGACAACUAUCAUAAUUUUAUUAGGCUUCUUGGCCGUGAUGACAGAAGCAGCCCCACAAAAUGAUUCAGACGCUGUUGAAAAAGCACUAAUCGAAAAAGUCAGUUUUAAAGGAACUUCCAAGGCUGAUAAUGCAAAUCUUUCGAGAAAAAAUCGGCGUGUAAAAAGAGAUUUUACAAUGUUUUGCCUUUACAUGCAUACAGCUAAGUGUGAGCAGUUUUAUUCCGAUUUAUUAGGGAUUGGAGACAGAGCAAAACAGAUUGAUAAAACGCCUUUAAGGAGGUCUCGUUUAGAUAGAAUAAAUUCAGGACGCAAGGCAAAAUUAAAUAGUAUGAUUGGUCAAAUUAAAAAUUGGCAAAAAGAUAGAAUGGUGGAUCUGGAAUUGUGUUUUGAGUGUGAGAAACAUUUGAGGUCCUAUAAGAUGAACAAUCCUCCCUCAAUUAGGCCCGAUUUUUAUGACAUCCCUAUUCCGAUACCAGAAAAUUAUCAUGUAAACACAGUGGACGAAUCUCGACUUUUCACGUAGAAAUAAUAAUUCAAGUAUUUUUGAUUUGAAAAAUCGUCCCCGGUAGCACUGAAAUCGGAUUUUGUAUUUCUAGUUUCGAAAAAUUUUGUUUUCCAAAUUUCCUGAUUUUUCAGGGACCAACUUAAAAUUUUAUCUGACCAUUAAUAUUCAAAGAACAGCAUUUUAAUCUUUUAU